CAGCAUCCUCACCCUCGGAAUUACGUCGCAAACUGGAGCAAGAUUGAAUUUUCAAUGCUGCCACAAGCGCCUUCAGUCCCAGUGCUCAAUUCUUCACAACUUCUCUCAGCUUCUGCAUUAAUUGGUACAACUACUAAGAAAGUGAUGUUAGCCAAGAAAACUCGACAAUCCAACUCAGCAACAACUUCUACUCGCAAAACUGGUAGUAACUCCUAAUUUCCAUAUCUGAAAUCAAAGCUUUGUGUAUAUGCAAAUGAGUAUGCGUUGACAGGCAUAUGAUAUGAUGUUCAGCUAUGUCCUUUCAAUCCUACAAGCAAGACCCAGAAGCUAAAUAUGGAAGUUUCACCUCACAGGGCUGUGUCUGCUGUUAGGUUGAUGCGAAUAGAGCUUGGUGGUGCUUUUGCUGACCUAUUGAAUGAGCAAGGAAAGGGUUCGGGGGAUAAUGAGAUGCGGUAUGUUGAAAGGACUCUUGGAUUUCGCACUCGAGACUUGGAUGAUAGGGAUUUGAGACUGGUUACUGACAUUGUGGGAGGCACCAUUCGCUGGAGAAGAUAUCUUGAUCAUCUGAUUCUUUCAUUAUGCCAUGAUGAAGACACAUUUAGAGGCAUGGAGCCUCUUCUUUUACAGAUUCUUCGAAUUGGUUUCUAUGAAAUCGUGAAGUUAGAAAUGCCUCCAUAUGCUGUUGUGGAUGAGAAUGUGAGACUGGCCAAGGUCGCCCUCAGACCUGGUGCUGGUAACUUGGUCAAUGGAAUUCUGAGAAAGCUAGUUUUACUCAAGGAAAGUAACACCCUUCCUUCACCAAAAGUGGAGGGUGAUGAUCGUCAGCAAGCACGUGCUCUUGCUACUAUUUAUUCUCAUCCAGUUUGGAUGGUGAGACGCUGGAUAAAAUUUCUUGGGCAUGAAGAAGCAAUUAGAUUAAUGAUAUGGAACAACAGAGAUCCUACUUUCAAUCUGAGGGCAAACAUUAGUAAAGGUUUUCGAAGGGCUGACCUUAUAGAACAGCUUGAAAAGUUGAAGGUUCCACAUGACAUUUCUCCACACUUGGAUGAUUUUGUCCGCAUCAAAACUGGGAUGCAGAUUGUUAUACAAGCUGGAUUGCUUAAAGAUGGUUUUUGUUCUGUCCAAGAUGAGAGUGCUGGACUGGUUGUUUCCAUUGUCGAUCCACAACCUGGUGAGAGCAUUCUAGAUUGUUGUGCUGCUCCAGGAGGAAAAACACUUUUCUUGGCAUCCUGUUUAUAUGGAAAAGGUAUGGUAACUGCAGUUGACAUAAAUAAGGGGCGUCUGCGAAUCCUUAAAGAGACUGCAAAAAAGCAUCAAGUUCAGAAUGUUGUUACUGCUGUUCAUGCUGAUCUCCGAACAUUUGCCGAGAAUAACCAUGUCAUGUAUGACAAAGUUCUUCUGGAUGCACCUUGUUCCGGAUUGGGUGUGCUCUCUAAGAGAGCGGAUUUGCGCUGGAAUAGGCGGUUGGAAGACAUGGAACAACUUAAAGCUUUGCAAGAUGAACUUCUUGAUUCAGCUUCAGUGUUGGUGAAACCUGGUGGACUUCUAAUAUACAGCACCUGUUCCACUGAUCUGGAAGAGAAUGAGCAGAGAGUUGCUUCGUUUCUUCUCAGGCAUCCAGAAUUUGUUGUAGAUACAGCUGACGGAUAUGUACCUCAUGAGUUUGUCGCUGAAAAUGGCUUUUAUCACUGUAAUCCUGUAAAGCAUUCACUUGAUGGAGCAUUUGCAGCUCGUCUUAUUCGAUCUUAUUGACUG